CGGGCGAAAGUGAGACUAUUAUCAGGCUUGUCUAAUAUUGAGGUCGACAUAUCCCAUUGGGUAUUUUAUCAACUACGAAAAGGACGACAAGGCGGAUUGAGCACAGUAAACAUCACCGUUCGGUCGGGGUGUCGCUUACAUACAUGCCUCAAACCGACGAUUCAAUAGUAUGUCGAACAACACUUAUCACCCAGAAGGGCUCUCACAUGAGAAAUUUGAUCGCACCGGUGGAAAUGACUUGGUUGAAGGAGAUCGUGAGAUGGGGUUCACUGGCCUUGGACUUCCGGGUGACGUGUUCGGGGAGGAAGAGAACCACGAUAUCAAGUAUAAAACGAUGACCUGGCCACUUGCUGCUGUUCUAAUGAUCACGGAGAUCGUAUCAAAUGGCAUGCUUAGCCUGCCAAGCUCACUUGAUGCAGUUGGUAUGGUUCCCGGUGUCAUCGUCACCGCUUUCCUAGGUGUUUUUGCUACUUUCACGGCUUGGUUGCUCAUAGAAUUCAAACUGCGACACCCAGAAGUGCACAAUAUGGGCGAUGCGGGAUAUAUCUUAUUUGGGCCCAUCGGUAGAGAAAUCUUAGGCGGAGGUACCAUUAUUUUCGCUGUUUGUGCUACGGGGUCACAGAUUCUUGCUGGCCAACUCGCACUUACCGUCCUCUCGGAAGGAAAGCUCUGCGCGGUCGCUUUUUCCGGUAUAUUCUCUGCGGCUGUCGCAAUUUGCAGUUUCCCUCGAACUCUAGACCAUCUCAGUUAUCUCUGCAUUGUCGGUGGCGCAUCUAUUAUAAUCGCAGGAAUAGUGGCUAUGGCUGGUGCAGGAACUGUUCCCGUCAAUCUAGGUAACAUAGUGAUUGCGAGAGCAAGUGAUUUUACCACUGCCUUUAUCAGCAUCACGAACCCCGUGUUUGCUUAUGCGGGGCAUUUCAUGUUCUUCACACUCAUAUCAGAGAUGAAGCAUCCACAAGACGCGAUGAAAGCCGCCUGGACGCUCCAAAUUGUGGCGACUACUCUAUACAUCACUCUUGCCAUCGUAACUUAUUGGUAUAUUGGCCAGGGGGUCUCAAGUCCGAGUUUUCUUAGCUUAAGCCCGCUAUGGUCCAAGAUCUCUUUCGGGCUCGCCAUACCUAACUUUUUCAUCGCGGCUAGUCUGAAUAUCCAUACCGCAGCCAAGCUCAUUUUCGUGCGUCUCUUUAGACGAAGUCGCCAUAUCCACUCUCAUACGUUCGUUGGCUGGGGUGUAUGGACCUUUCUCAUUCUUCUAGCCAAUGUUGCAGCCUUCCUCUUCGCAGUCGGGAUUCCCAUUUUCAACUACUUGGUCGGUAUUGCGGGAUCCAUGUUUGCUGCCUGGUACACUUAUGGUCUUGCUGGAGCCUUCUGGCUGCAUGAUACGUAUCACUUCAAAGGGGGAUAUACUGGGUGGUCUAAGAGGCCUAUGAUGUUUAUUCUCUGCAUACUUACGGUAUGUGCUGGUGGGUUUAUAUGCGCUGGAGGGAUGUAUGCCACUAUUUACUCGUUACGAGAGGCUUCGAUAGCUGGUGAGCUGCCGUCUCCAUUCCAAUGCUGAUAUCGGUAUCUCGAUGUAAGUUAAAUCUACAAGGGGUAGGCUGAAAUCGUACACCCAAACCACUUGAAAGUACUUUAAUUGGAUA